GAAGCGCAAUAAUUGCGAGACAGCAAACAUCAAAAAUAAAUUUCAUUUCAACUGUUGCCAACGGGCCGCCGAACAAAGCUAAAAGAUGGCCACCGCACACCUGCCUAUACAAAAGUCCAAAUACUAUGAGCACAAUGGCGAGCCCGGCUGCCAGGGUCUCGAGGAGAUCAAUCGCAUGUUCCGCAAUUUCUGGGAUCCAACGGCGUACUGGGUGUGCGAUAAGCAAGGCACACGUGCGCGCCUGCAGCACUGUGCACAGUCCCAGCUGUACUCCGAGGAGUUGGGGCGCUGUGUGCACUACGCCGACUGGAGCUGGACGGAUCCCAAAGAGCCGCCAAGCCGUCCAAGGCAGUAACUUAUCUCAAUCACUAUUUAUAUGAUUAGCAAUUAAUUACCUUAAGUUAUUGUUUU